UGAAGGACCUGUGAUGAUGGUCAUGUGACAGCAGAGUCCUGCAUACACUGAGCAGAUGAGCCUAGAGCAGCAGCCCCUGAUCAUGUGACUCCUCCAUGUGACUGAUCACAUGACGGUGACAUCAUCGCAGGUCCUGUUUCUCCAAUCCAGGAUCCUCUGCUGAUAUCUUCUAUAUAAGAGAAUUCUCCUGGAUGACCCAUCAACCAUGGAGAGAGACAGGAACAAGAUGGCCGACAGGAUCAUAAACCUCACCCUACAGAUACUCUUCCGGCUUACUGGAGAGGAUUACACAGUAGUGAAGAAGUCCUCUAGUGGGCGCUGUCGGGCCCCUGUAUGUGAAGGAUGGGGAAGAACCCUGAGCCCAAUCCCGGGGCCCCCACCUCACUCCCUGAUACAUGAGGAAAUGGAUGAACAGAAGAUCCUAGAACUCAUCAACAAGAUGAUGGAGCUGCUGACUGGAGAGGUUCCUAUCAGGUGUCAGGACGUGGCGGUCUAUUUCUCCAUGGAGGAGUGGGAGUAUGUAGAAGGACAC